CUCGCCAAUUCCUCUUGGUUGACUUGCCUCCCACCUUUCCUUUCUGAAUCUUUUCUCCUGGUGAGAGACAUUGUGUCCUAGGCGCGGUCUGCUGCAAGACCGCCCAUCCGUCACAAUGAGGCCGACUUCCGCACUCACCGCGCUCUGCGGGCUGUUGCUCUCUACAAACAGCUUCGUAUGCGCCGGUUCCACAUCGUCAAGCUCGACAGUCACUCUUCCUAGCGACUUCAAGCCCGCUCAAGUUUUCAAAAAUACAAAUCUAGUCCGAAACACCAAUCUGGAGAAGAGCUACCUCCGCGAGACUAUCAAUGUCGUGGUAGAGAAUGUGGAUAAACAAGCGCAGAGUGACUAUUAUCUGGCCUUGCCAUCCGACCUCUACAAUAAGGUUGGCGUCCUCGAAGUUCGCGAUAAAUCGGCUCCAGAGCAGGGUAGGCUCGAUGUGCAAGCCACUGAAGUUGACACAAGCAGGGAUUACCAAUAUUUCAUUGUCCGCUUCUCCAAACCUCUGGCGCCCAAAGCUCAUAUUACUCUGGGGAUCUCUUACUCUGUCCUCAACUCUUUCAGCCCGCGUCCGGCUGCUAUCAAACAAAUGGACCGGCAGUACCUCACUUAUUCGUUCUCUGCAUACGCCCCUUCAGCAUACACGACGGUGACGCAGAAGACCAAGCUCAAACUUCCCAGCACUAACGUUCCGGACUAUACGACCACGGACUUGAAGUCGAGUGCGGACCCGGAGCGUCUGGGUACCACCUACACAUACGGACCCUACGACACAGCUAAGAUUGCUCCCGGAACCAGCUACCCGAUCAUCGUCCGCUAUGAAUUCACCAAGCCGGUCAUCACAGCGUCGUUGCUGGAGCGCGACCUAGAGGUGUCUCAUUGGGGUGGCAACCUGGCCACCGAGGAGCGCUACUGGCUACGCAACAAUGGCUCUGAACUGUUGGACCACUUCUCCCGUGUGGAGUGGACCCUUAGUAGCUACCAGCAGCUCCCUUCUUCGUCUAUCCGCGAGCUGAAGUAUCCUCUGAAGCCUGGCUCCGUGGAUCCUUAUUUCAUCGAUGAUAUCGGCAAUGUUUCCACAAGCCGUUACCGUCCCGGGAAGGUUCCGAGCCGCGAUGCAUCUUUGGAGCUUCGCCCCCGGUUCCCCAUUUUUGGUGGCUGGAACUAUAGCUUCCGCAUCGGCUGGAACAACGACCUUUCCGCCUUCCUCCGUCGAGCCGUCGGGAGCGCCGACUCAUACGUGCUCAAGGUUCCCUUCAUUGAGGGGCCGAAGGUCUCCGAGGGUGUCCAGUAUGAGAAGGUCGUUGUGCGAGUGAUCCUCCCGGAGGGCUCCCGCAACGUUCGCUGGGAGACACUUGAGAAGGCUUCAAGCAACGGACUCCCUAGUGCCAGCCAGAUCCAGGCCCAGCUGUCCGACCACAAGACUUUCAUGGACACUUUGGGACGGACAGCCUUGACCCUGACCGUGGACGGACUGACAGAUGAAGCUUGUGACUCCCAGAUUGUGGUGACAUACGAAUAUUCUCUGUGGGACGGAUUACGCAAGCCAGUUGCCAUUACUGCUGGCCUCUUUACGGUGUUUGUGGCCGCGUGGGCUGUGGGGAACCUCGACGUGAGUAUCAAGAAGCGGUAGCCGUGUGGGAUGUAUCAUUUGAUCUAGCUAUUUAUACCAGACCUGAAUUGAAAAUAACUGUCGACGGU